AUGACAUUCGCAACCGAGAUUCACACCUUCCACUCCGGCAGACCACAGCCUCAAACCUCCUCUUCCUCUUCGACAUUCAAAUCCAUCGACCCGACCACCGGCGAGCCUCUUGCAACCAUCUACACCACCACUCCCGCGCAGCUCAAUGACGCCGUCGCUGCUGCGCGAGCAGCUUUCCCCGUCUGGUCGCAGACCCCGGCACCCAAGCGAGCUGCCAUUCUCCUCCGCGCUGCUGCUCUCCUGCGCGAGCGCAACGACGCACUCGCCCUCACCGAGACUCUCGACACGGGCAAGGCCUGGUGUGAGACGUCCACUGUCGACGUAGUCACUGGUGCCGACGUCCUCGAGUACUACGCCCAGUUCAUUGCUGGUGGCCUUCCCGGCCAGCAUACCCGCCUCCGCCAGGAUGCAUAUAUUCUGACGACUCACGAGCCACUGGGUGUUUGUGCGGGUAUUGGCGCGUGGAAUUAUCCAAUUCAAAUUGCGCUGUGGAAGUCGGCAGCUUGCUUGGCCGCCGGCAACUGCAUGGUAUACAAGCCCAGCGAAGUUACGCCUCUGCAUGGAAACACCCUGGCACAGAUUUACGUCGAGGCUGGUUUGCCCGCUGGCGUGUUCAAUGUUGUCUACGGCGAUGGUCCCGCCGUUGGCGCGCCGCUGGUUGCCCACCCCGACAUUGCCAAGGUGAGCUUCACCGGCCAGGUCAGCACCGGCAGCAAGGUAGCCAGCGAGGCUGUCAAGAGCAUGAAGAGCGUCACCAUGGAACUCGGCGGCAAGAGUCCCGUUGUGAUUCUCCCCGACGCCGAUGUCGACGAAGCGGCUGACGUCGCCAUGGCCGCCAACUUCUUCUCCACCGGUCAAGUCUGCACCAACGGCACCCGCGUCUUUGUUCCAGACACCUUGCUCGCCGCCGUCGAAAAGGCCCUUGUCCAGCGCUGCCGCGAAGGCAUACGCAUGGGCCUGCCCCGCGAUGAAAAGACCAACUUCGGCCCCGUCGUCAGCGCCGCCCAACGCGACAAGAUCAACAUGUACAUCAAGCAUGGCAAGGACGUUGACCGCGCCAAGGUCCUCUACGACGGUUCUGUCGAUUCCCAAAAGGACAAGCCCACCCCGGGCGGUUUCUGGGUCCCCCCCGUCAUCUUCACCAACUGCACCGACAACAUGCGGGUGGCUCGUGAGGAAAUCUUUGGUCCUGUAAUGUGCGUCCUGCCGUACAAGGUGGCGGGUAAGUCUCGGGAGGACUGGGUGGCAGAGGUGGUUCGACGAGCAAACGACACGCCCAUGGGUCUUGCUGCUGGUGUGGUGUCGAGUGAUGUUGGUCUUGCGCAGGACGUGCUGAGACAGCUGGAUGCGGGCAUCACCUGGAUUAAUACGUGGGGUGAGUCACCGGCGGAAAUGCCUGUGGGAGGAUGGAAGAUGAGUGGUAUCGGAUUGGAGAAUGGGCACGAAGGCAUCCAGGCGUAUAUGAGAGUCAAGAGUACCUUGGUGCAGUUGGGCAAGGGCGCCUGCAAAGGGAUGUUUGCCAAGUUGUAA